AUGGAGACAAAACCUGUGCCUGUGUGCGUUCUACUACCGACGCCCUCGCUCGCUCGCUCACCGUCGCUUGAAGAUGGCGUGCCUCCUGCUGUUGAGCGUAUGCACCGAUCUUUUGGAUGUGAGCUGAUUCAAGAGGCUGGGGUACUAUUACGUCUACCGCAGGUCGUGAUGGCCACAGCCCAAACGCUUCUCCAGCGCUUCUUUUAUCGCAAGUCGCUGCGUCAAUUCGAUGCUUUCCGCGUGGCAGUCAGCUGCUUAUUUUUAGCGGCUAAAGUGGAAGAGAAGCCUAAGCGCAUAAAAGAUGUCGUCAGCGUCUUCUACGCCAUGUAUCGACGCCGCAAGUGGCACUGCUCAACUGUUGCUCAGCAACUUGUGGACUUGGAUGGUGCCACCUUUAGUCAGUGGCGCAUGUGGCUUAUCAUGGUGGAGCGGCAAGUGCUUAUAGACUUAGGCUUUAGCAUUUACAGUAUCACAGAGCACCCACAUAAGUAUGUGCUAUACUACGUUAAGGUACUGGAUGGCAGGUCUGCGCUCGCUCAGCAAGCUUGGGGCUACAUAAAUGACAGUCUGCGUACUGAUCUUUGUGUGCGUUAUAAAGCUCAAGCUAUUGCCUGUGCUGCCAUCUUUUUGGCCAGCAGAUUUCUCAAAGUGGCGCUUCCUGAAAAUCCACCUUGGUACAAGCUGUUUGAUGUAAACAAGUCUCAGCUCUAUGCAGUCAGCAUAGUCAUUAUGGGGCUGUACAAGCAGGAGAAGUUGCAAUGGGUGGAGCCCCUGACCGAGGCGAAUCCAUUUGAAGUUGAUGAUCAGCCAAUGAAAGAGGAAGAAGAGAUUGAAGAGGUUGCGAUGGUAGACAGAAUCGGAAAGGACUCAGCGGCGUCUAUUCAACCUCUCGUAUUAGAAAAAAGUAUGAAGACAUUGCCUUUUGCCCCAAAGCAAACCGUGACAGAGGAACAGUCUAAAUCAAAAUCGUCUACGGGGACGUCUGAGCGAUGCAGUCGCUGGGAUAAUAGCUUGUUCGCGUCGCACCGAAAUCUGUCCCUCAUCUCCAAGAUCAAGCCUUUAUCAAAUUUCGAACGAGGUACAAGCUUAGCUAGCGAUGUUCUUACAGGUGCUCGCACUCUAGCGCACCACAUGGCAAAGACAAUGGCGAUGGGUAUCACGUUUUGGGAAUGA